ACAAGCCGCGAGAACGAAUUCACGAGAGACGCGCUGCACUACGUGGAUUCGUAAAGUAUCUUUUUCAACUUUUAUCCCCUUUCAUGCAUUUCUGUCCGGUUCAUGCGAGGCGUAAAAUGAAUGCUUUUCGAGCGUCGAACGCAGUCUUAGAGCUACAUUUUAACACAAUGCACGCUCCGACCUUUUACACGACAUUCGCAUUAAUAAUUUACACAAGUGCGAGUAUUAUAAACGAAAAAAACCGGGCAAGUCUAAAAAAGUUUAGCGCAAAAACGAGCCUAAGAAAGCCCGUUAACGAAGUCCCAUUUUCCCGAAUCUCUUUAUGCUCCGAAAUUCCCUCACGUCAGGCGCUUAAAAAGCUAUUUUAUAAUGCGAGAGCCGUAUAGGCCGACACUCGACCGACCUCUGCGCCGCGCAAUUAAAGCCUGCGUUCGCAGUGCGGCUCGAAAUCACAAUGCGUCGUGGAAAUAAUCCAGCGAAUUUUCCGACAGCGCAACCUAAUACCUGCAGAGCCAGCUGGUAAUAUAAUAUUUCAAAAAUUCGGCUCGCCGAUGACAGAGCUCUGCCUGCAACGGAGUACCGGCAGUUACCGGGUAAUCGAACCAAAGCUCCCGAAAAGAAAGGGUUCACGCAGUACGCUACGACAACAACAACAGAGCUCGCGGAACAAGUGCAAAAAGCUCACCGCCGGCAGCGCGCGCGCGCUUCACAGUACACGUACAAACGCGCUCGCACACACAGCAAGAUAUACAGCGAGAGAGAGAUAGAGAGCGGGAGAGCGAGCGAGACGGAGCUGGCGAACCGGUCGAAGGUGGCGUCGGCGUCGCGACGCCCGCGCGUCGAGAGCGAGCGCCAGUCGCCAGCCCGACCCCGAACCGAGUGCUGCUACUGCUAUAGCCGAGCCCCGCGCUUUCGCUCUUGCGCGAGCGCCUUCUUGGCGUUUAUACGGUCGUGCGUGCAGGAUACGCAGUAUAGCACACAGUACAGGUGCACGCGUACGUCGGGUUCGAACGAGUGCAUAGUGUUGCGGAUAUCCCGGUCGAAAGCUCGCGAUUCGAAAACAGCCCCGCACGAGUUGCUGGUGUGUACGGUGUCGGAUCCAAGAAAAGUCAUCGAUCGCAGGUGCGCGUCGCGGUCACCUGGGGCCCGCUGUAAAAUAGGUAGUUUACGAGUGCGCGCGACCUAACCUGCAUUCUAGCAACACCGCGGGAAUCGAGAGCGCGCGCGCGCGCGCGCAUGUUGGACUCGCAGCUAUAUACAGCGCUGCUCCUCUGCGUGCAUGACCCCGUGUGACGUUGCUGCGGAGUCCUCUCGCGGCCUGUGCGCGCGCGAUAAAUGCAGCGCUGUGUGCGAUGUUGAUACGAUAAAGCUGCUGCUGUUGCUGCUGCUGCUGCGAAGUGACACUCGUACAGCUAUGAAGUAACGCGUGGAUGUGGCGAUAUACAAGUAUAUAGAGAAGAGAAGAGGAGGAGUGCCGUGUGCGCGAGUGUGAGUGAUAAUACAGCUACUGGCCGUUGACCCUGCGCGCGAGCUGCGUGUGUACACGAGCUGCAAUUCGGGAUAAUCGCUGACAGAGCUGCAGGGCGCAGAGUGUCAUGUUUCAUGCUGCAGUGGUGUUUCAUACGACGUCGACGAAAAGCGCAGUUAUCGCCGGAAAAAAUGAGGAGAAGAUCGAGCGAGAAGCUAGUAGCAGUAGCAGCAGCAGCAGCAGCAGCAGGCAAGAAUGCGCAGAAUCCGCGGCUAUUGACCUUCAGUUAUUACCUCGCUCGUUAGACAGUCUCUCUCGCGGGCGACGUGUGCGUUAUGACUUAAGUGGCGAGCUCCUGAUUAGCAGGCGUCUCGCGCUUGCGCCUCUCACAAUGACCACAACAACAACGUCGAGCAGCGGGACGAGCGUGGGCGAAUCAUCGUCGUCGAGAAUGACAGUAUUAGUAGGAGAGACAGCCACGGGCCCGUUAUUCCAGCGGCAGGCUACUGCCCAACUGGACGGCAAAGACGAGGAGGAGCAGUGCGCCGCUGUCUGCCGUGCGGAGCGCAAGCGCUUCCGGUUCGACUUUGCCGGCCUCGGAGUCAAGUAGUCUUUCUGCGAUAAGAAUACGUAAGAACAGAGAAAAAGCCGGGAGCUUGUACAGUGCAAGUGCGCGAGAUCAGGUUCAAAGGGAUUGCGAGAGAGAGAGGAAAAAAAUCAAAGAGAGAGCUGUGCCCGGCGUUGACGCUCCGA